UGAACAGAAGUAAGGUGAUAACAAUUGUUUCGAAAAACAACCGCAAAGUUGAAAACCAGGUCUUAAAACUAUGUAGAAAUGUGCAAACGCUUUCGUCAACAAAAUAAACUUCCUUCGUCCAAACUUAAUUUGAUGUGAAGUUCAUCUUCCUAAAUACGCAGCGGGACCAACCACAAGCCGCCACCACAGCUUUUCUUUGGACUACCACUGCAUUUACCGAUAUCGUUACCACGCCUUUACACAUUGAUGUCGGCUUUUGAUGCAGUGCCGCCUGAGGCAUCGAAGGUCAAGGUUUUCACACGUCCGGGGAAGCAGCAUUGAGGAUUUUUGUAGGGCGAGAGUUCCAGAGGCUCCGGAGUUUGGUGUUUGUGAUUAAAAGCGGGCCAAUGUCAGGGGAGUGCAACUUCCGGCGAAGGGGAAGUUGGAAGACUAUCUGGAAAAUGACGUUCAAUUGUCUGGAAUCUGUAAAAUCAAUUGUGGCCUGGCACACUCCCACGCAGUUAAUUGUGCAAUGGCAAGCUGCCAGGCCUCACCCUCGUAUUGCGCUCUUAAAUUAAGGGGACGUGUUGUUUUUCCCGAGAAGAACAAGUCAGACCGCAUACAGGCGCUCAUGUCAGACACGCUCAUCAGUGACUUGUCGUUCGAAGUCGUGCGAGUGUCGUCCCGUCGUCCGUCAUGCGAGGCUGCCUGUUGGUCUUGUCGCUGCUGGCCUGCAGCUGCCAGGCGUUCAACUACUCGGGCACGGCGGUCACCUACCAGCCAUUGAAGGGCUCCGUCAACACGGCGCUCCUCCACUACAAGCUGGCCUUUCGAGAGUGCGGCAACGUCACCGUGGUGGACUGUCCGCUGGACCUCUGCACGGUGAACGUGGUGUCCGUGAAAAAGGUGGACGAGAACAGCGGAGAGUGGUGUCAGCGGGAAGUGAUCGCGCACGUAAACACAGCCAACUCCACAAACUUCACGCUGCGCCUGGAUGGCAUCCAGUGGAUCAGCGUCAGGAAUAACGUCACCGAGGUGCUGGCCGUGACACGCCUGGACCCGAGAAACAGGUCAGACACCGGCCGGCCGAACGCGUCCCCCCGGACCACGAUGCUGCCCGUUCUCAGGUUCCCCUCCAACUGCUACGGAGAAGCAAGACUGCCCACUUUUGACCCGGACGGAGACCUCGUGAAGUGUACCUUUGAAAACUAUCACAAUCUCUCAUCGUUUUUUGAUGUCUCUUACCAUUGUCACAUGAGAUUCACUCCCGUGAUCAACAACAUCAGCGUGGUGGGCUCGUACGCCGUGCAGCUGCUCAUGGCGGACCUUGUUCGCAAAGACGUCAAUCUGACUGACGCCGCGGGGAACCGGACGCUUCUGCCGCAAUCUGAAAUGAUCGGCCGUGUUCCCAUCCAGUUUGUCCUGAGGGUGGAUCCUCCGGUGGAGUCGUGCAACUCUGGAACAUACCUGCCCUACUUUCAACAUCCUACACCAGAGGACGGAAAUCAUCUGUACGCGCAUGUCAACAAGACCCUGGAGAUUAACAUCCAUGCAAAAGCCACGGAAUCGGAGAUCAGAGAGGUGCUGUUCAGCGGGCCGGCCGGCGUGCAAAAGACAAAAGAGGGCGACGGCCAUUUCGUCCUGAAAUGGACGCCGACUCAGGACGACGCGGGCCUACGUUAUCCCAUCUGCUUCGUCGUUCAAGCGUUUCUGAACGAACAAGUCGAACUUCACUCGCCGAUGCGCUGUGUCACGGUGGCGGUCAACCACAAUCUUUUUGGCCUGGAUGCCAGGUUCCUGAUCAGAAGUCACAAUGCCUACUUGGAACUCCAAAAAACAGGGUUACCCGAGCUGAAGGAGCUGCUGGUGGCGCGAGGGCUGCCCCCCGACAUCACGCUGAAAGUGACGGCCUUCCACGAGAACCUUGUAGAAACAACGACCGACGACCCUAAUGCAUCACCAGCCAACGUUCUCCUCCCGUCGGCAUCUGGCGGGGGCCCCGGACAAAUAUCCGCCAGCCUGAAUCCAUCAGCAAGCAACAUUUUCCUGACGCCGGCAUCUGGCGGGGUCCUCGCGCAAAUACCCGACGCCGUGAAUGCAUCAUCAAGCAACCUUUCCGGUUCAACGUGACCAACCGACGUUUCAUGGAACGUCAUCCUUCACUCUCGUCUUCUCAAAUCUUACUCUAUAGUGUGCUAUACCGCGUACCUGUAAAAAAUAUUUAGCGCUUCGGAUCUGCGGCGCGGGGACAGUCACGUGACCUAACCCGGAAAACAGGCUCACGGACUUCCGGUGUACGCUGUGCUAACGAACAUGACUAUGAAUUGAUGACGCGAUUGUUUGUAACCGAACUUGCUAAGCAGAGGUUUUCUUUAUGGCUGGCGUCUACUAGGACAAAAGUUAAAUACAUGUAUAUUAUUUAUUUUAUACAAACAUGAUAUUUGUGAACACAAACAAAGCCUAAACAUCGAAUAUUGUCAUGUUUGGUGUCCACGUGGUGACAUUUUGUGUAAAAUAAAGAAAGAAAUUGCA